UAGUGCUAAACACCACGUCCAUAGUUACGUUUAACGUCUUGCCGGUGCCGGUAGUGUUCCGUCUCGCGGCCCACGAGAGCGGUUUGAAUUUUUGUGUUAACGCGGUCCACGUAAAAUCGAACUCUCAUAAUUGUACGUUCGCGGAAAAACAAUUCGUGCGGUUUUUCUUACGAAACUCUACCGCCCUGAGAUAAGUACAUUUGAUUUAUUUUUGUUCGUUUUUUCUCUCGUCUUUUCGUAUACGCUCGAACGAAAUGUGUUUAAAUUUCGCGAAUCGGUUCGUCGGCGGAUAACCCCGACGUGGGUGUCGCUUGAAAAAUAUUAAUCGACCGCGUGAAAUCGGAAUAUUUAAUCACUCCGUCGGUCAUUAUUUAUUAUUAUUAUUUUUUUUUCGUUCGCUCGUAUGCGUGAAAAUCUUAACUGCCCGACCGCGCUGUCUCACACCGUCAAGCUGGACACCUCGUUAGCGAUCCGAAUGCGGCAGCGGAACGGUCUGGCCGCCGGCGCCGGUAAACGGUUGGCCAAGCGGUCCAUCAUCGGCACGCGUGUCUGCGCGCCGGCCGGCGAUGACGGUAAGCUGUGCGCCGGCAUCAUAGCCGCGGUCAAGACGGCCGCGGACGGCUCCGAGACCGGCUAUUCGAUCAGGUUCGACGACGGGACUGCGUGCCGACGCGAGUACCGGGCCACCGAGCUGGUCGGCCCGGGUUUUCAGACGCUGUCCGAUUUGCGGCUGAUGGCCGGGCAACGGGUGUAUAUCACGUUCAACGGUCGCGAGAUAUCCGGCGACGUGGUCGUCCACAGACCGGACACGGAGGAAGUACGUGUUUCCAUCACGCCACCGGGACACGAAUGUUCCAUUGAAGUAAUAAAGAAAUUGGACGACGUGCGUGUAUUGGAGUCCAGAAAAUCGGCACGUCUUAUGGAUCAAACUACAGAUUUUGCCAGGUUGGCUGACAUGUCUGAUAGGAAACGUAGUUCAUCCUCUCAGAAUGCUGUUGAAAUUAGCGGAUCACGCAAACGUCGACCUAGCAGUAGCCAAGAUCAGGACGAAUCCCGCGAAGAGGAAAUGAAAGAUGAAGAGGACGAUAAUGAGCCAAAAGAGGAAGAAAUGACAGAAUGCACCGCGGCCUUGGUUUUGAUGAGUUUGUCAUGCAGUCCCCACUCACCAUCUAUACAAGGUUGGUAUUCAGAUUUUGUGUAAUUUUUUUUUUUUUCAUCGGUCGCGUAUGCGU